AAAAUGGACAAAGCUGGACCUGAGAACAAAGAUGGUAGCGACACAGAGGACGAUGAUGAAGAUGAUGAUGGAGAAGCUGAUGAUCAGGAUGACGAUGAUGCUGAUGAUGAAGACUUUGCAGCCGAAGGAGGAGAUGAUGAUGAUGAAGAAGAAGCAGAUCCUGAAGACAAUCCAGCAUCUAAUGGCAACGAAGGCAGCGAUGACGAAGACGAUGAUGAUGAUGAAGACGAUGAGGACGGGGAUGAUGAUGAUGAAGAGGAAGACGAUGAAGAAGAGGAGGAAGAGGAGGAUCAACCACCUGCCAAGAAGAAAAAAUAAACCAUUUCCUUGUUAUGUUUAUUCUGUUUUUCUUCCAUGCUUGUUGGAGUAUGUAGUAGUAGUAGGAAGAGGGGGGAUUUUAGCUCUUUCUGUUGGAAUUAAUCAUCCUUUUGCAGACCAAAUGAACUUCUUGUCACCCUAUUUGACUGUUAGUUAUGAUAUAUAUUCCAUUUAACCCUAUG